AUGGGCAGUACACCUGCCACGACGCUUAAUCUCAAGCCCAUAGCUGUCGCCAUUGUUGAGCAAAUACCUGUUGUUGGAGGAUUCUAUUCGUUUAUUCUGGAUCAAUUAUGGCCAGACGGUCGAACGAAUUAUUGGGAAGAGGUGAAACAUGAAGUGAUGCGAGCGAUUGGUGAAGCAAUUGACCAUGAAAGACUUCGUGGUGUAGAGCUACAACUUCAAGGAAUCAAGGGCAACAUUGCCGAAGUCGCCAGUAUCUCCAACCCCAGUCAACGCUGUGAAAAAGUUACUACGAUCAACAGCUUGAUUGUUCAUAUUCGGCCCCACUUUAUGUGUGAUGACAACAAAUUAGCUACGUUUCCCUAUUUUCUCUCUUUGGCAACCCUUCACAUCGCUAUCUUGAAAAGUCAAUUUAUCUUACGAGAUACAAUAGAUAAUCGUCAGUUGCUCAUCAAAUAUGUUCGGGAGUAUGUCGAAUAUGCUCAUCAGAUAUUUCCCGAGUUGGUUCAGCAUCGCCUUGGCAAGAUUACAGGUUUGGAAGGGCCUAGACGCUUUGACUGUGCCAGAUAUUUCCUUGAAGCACAUGAUCGACACACCAAUAAUCGCGUGGCAGCAGUUCAUUGGCAUAUUGAGUUUCCGUAUCACAAUGGAAUACCAUUUGAACAAAUUGCCAACCAGCAACUCCAGGCAUAUCGAGAGCAAGUAAGGCUGGAAGCCACUCGUUUCUACACGGAGAUGCUUUCCCCAAUUGAUUAUUGGAGAGAUCUGUAUAUUCCACCUGCUAUGAGACUAAACAAUAGCCACGUUGCUCUGUUCAGUGAAUGCCAUCGUCGAUUUGUUCGCAUUGAUUCCAAAGGCAAUGCAAACUCAGGAGGGCCUGUCACGAACCGCGACUCUCUGCCGAGAGAUUGGACAGCUGAACGAUUUGUGCUUCAUGAUCUGGGAUUCGACGAUCAGCGACGACCCGUGAUAGCUCUGCAUUGCCUUGUUCACAAUCGAUUCCUUCGUGCCAACAGCAACAAUGUUGUCGAUUCGUCCAGUCCGUCAAGUCAUGUUCCGGAUUGUUGGCAAUUCGAGAGAUUGGUCGUCGUUCAUGCGGGCGAUGCUCAGAUUGCUUUAUUUAGUCACUCGCAUAAGCAAUUCAUUCGAAUGAAGCCAGAUGGUAAAAUGGAUUUGAGUGGGCGAUGUGAAGUGAAUGGAUUGGCGGAUGAUUGGCAGUGGGAAAAAUUCUCCGUUGUGUCAUGGUAA